AAAAUUUUUUUUACCAUUAGAAAGAUACAUUAUCCAAGAUAGCUAAGGCUAUAUUUUAUCUCAAAAUUCCCACGGGAGCGAAGCCCCGGAAAACAUCUAGUCAAUGAUAACUUUCAUGUUUAUGAUAAUGGUUUGCACAUGCGUGUUCAACCACGUUAAGCAUAAUUAUUUCCAAUUAUUGAAAUGAUCUGUAAUCUAUUUUAAUAAUAUAUUACCAUACUAUAUAAUACAAAAGUCUCAAAUGAAAUGACAAUUUAACAAAAUGUUUACCCCAAAGUUCGCUGUUCUUGCUCUGAUACUUGGAGUCUUUGCCCUUCAACUGGCAACUUGCCAUCGCGUUGCAAGAUCUCCAGACAAAAUGGAAAUCGAGACUCCAAACUACUCUAUGGACAGGAUAAACAGAACCGAUGAUUUCAAUGACAAGAGAGAUGAAGAGAGUGAAUACUGGGAGGGAGAGAGAGAAAAAUAUAAAAACAAGGAGGAGGAUCGGCUAGAAAAUGCCGGGGAAGAUCGGGAACAAAACAGAGAAAACGCUCAGGACAAAUAUGAAAGUGAAUCACAACAUUAUGACCAAGAACAACAAAACUACAACAAAGAAAUGCACGAAUCCUACAACAACAACGCUGAGAAUUUACAAUCUCAUUACGAAGCCAAUGAGGAGCAUUACAACAACCCUCCAGAAAGGCCCAAUUUUGACAAUAAUGAUAAUGCUGAUGAUUUCCAAAAUGAUCUUAAUGAUAAAGGUGACAGGUAUGGAGACCAAGGAACUGAAUAUGUCAAUGAUAGAAAAGAAGAUGCAAAUAAUUAUGAAAUGGAAGGAAAGGGGCCGUCAUUUAACUACGAAAGAGAUUAAUCACAUUACACGAUGAAAUACAUACAAAAUUUACAACUUCAGCAUAACACGUAAAAGAUAUCAAAAUAAAUAUAGUAAAAGUUUGUCGCAACUGUCUUCUUUUUCGUGAUUUAAAAUUUGCAAAAAUGCAAAUCAAAUGCAUGUGAGUGGGGAGGCUUUUGCCCAGCAGUGGGACAUGCUAUAGCUAAGAAAAAGAAAUGAUAUUUGAAUAGUGCCCGGUGUAAAAUGGCCAUCAUGCUCGCAGCGAUAUCGACCUCUAAAAUAAACAUCCUCUGGACCAAGAGCAAUCCAAAUUCUCAUUUAUGUUCUAGAGCCCUAUACUAAUAUUAGUAGUCGUAUUUUUCGAGAAUGUUUCUAUAUU